UACACACAGACGCAGGAAUCACAGUUGGGGAGCAAUGAUGCCUACAUCAACGCUGGAUAUAGAGUCUUCCUAGAAUAAUCGUACGUAAUGCCACGCUGACCUGAAGUACUGAAAGCACGUCAUGAAACAUAUGAGCCUUUCGAAUUGCGGAAUUCGACACAACACCUCACCGACCUCAUUUGAUCUGACAUCGAGCAUGGUCUCGGCCGACGCCUCUUGCUGCGCCAUCAUCUCUUCACUGCCUUCAAAAUGGUCGGAGAUCGCGUCGGAGGAAAAUUCGCGUUGCACGUCCAUGCUGUUAGCACGGAAGGGAAGAAGUCACCAGUGGUCGAAAGGGAUGAGUACGCAAAACGCUAUACAACGUCACCGACACGCUCCGAGGAUUGUGACCAAGGGGACAAAACCGCGAAAGUUCGAAAACAGAACAACGCAAGGGGAACACGGAGAAGAAAGUAUCCGUGAAAGCAGAUAAUAGGGGGUGAUAUUCCCGUCAACGGUUGCUAUACAGGAGUGAGAAUAACAUAUUUGUGGCGCACCCGACCCUGGGACGUUGCUAAGCUAGCGGAAGACGAAUGAAGCGGGAUAAAAGACAAUAACCGCACAGUCGUCCGACAGCCCGUUUUCAACUCGACCGGCACGCGGGGUCCCCCGGGGGGCGUGGCAGACGAGGCAGCAGCGGCAGCGAGUGACUGUUGUAGUUUUCGAAAGAGACACCGUCCGCACGAAAAACGGUCGCUCUGCCCUUCCGCUAUUUUGUUGCUCAGCUGUUCGAUGACUGCUGAAGUCACGAAGGGUAGUGUUAAAGGUGUGGUGUUUCGACUGUCAUGAAUGGCCGUGGCCUGGCCGUGGUUGCGAGCUGAAACCGGUGGUGCAUGCAUCGAGUAAAACGUCUUUUGGCGUAGGCUGGGCGCACUCACAUGCAACCAGUAGGGGGAGGCAGUGUUGUAGGCAGAUCCGCAAACAUCGUUUUUUUUUAAACGCCCGCGCGAACUGCGAUACCUGUGCGAAGCGUGCAGCUUCAGACACUUAUGGACGUUCUGCAAGUUACCACCUCCAAUUUAAUUUCUGUUGUGGAACACUAGUCCGUUGUGGCCGUGGAUGAAACAGAACGGACCGAUUCAGGCAACAUGUCACAGGAGCAGUUGACAGAGGCGAUGCGAGAGUUCGAUCGCCUCAUCGGGAAGAUGGAAGAGAACCUCCAGAUGAGGAAUAAGCUAAUGACACAACAGAACGAGAACGAAGGAGUUGCGAAGGAACUGGGCCAGCUCCAGGACGACUCAGUGCUGUACAAAAUUGUAGGACCAGUGCUUGUUAGACAAAACCGAGAAGACGCAACGGCGACCGUGAACAAACGACUGGACUACAUACGAGGAGAACUGCAGCGGUGUGACAAGCUUGAUUCGGACAUGAAAGCGCAAUUAAAGGAGGCCACCCAGCGGAUCGAGACCCUUCAAAAGAAGAUGUUGGAUCGGGAGAAACAGAGGAGUGGAAGGAUUUGAAACCGGGAAUUGGCAGACACAUGCGUACUCACGUAAUUUCAACUGGACAGGGUUUAUUUCAGUUAAGCACUCGUCGAGGGAAUCAAUAUUGUUGACACAGUGGCUUGUGGGGAUUUUGCAGUGUCACUGGCCGACAAGGGGUCUGAACCUGUAGGGCAAGCAGCAGUCGUUUUUACGAACAUAACCUGCUGUGCAGGCAGAGAAUCUUACUGCUCUGGUGCUCCAGCCAAUUCGUCAAAACUCAUACAUUUGUUCAUAAUAAAAGUGAUGAUAAUCCAGAUGCUGGGAAGCAGUCCAUUCGUACUGCCACAUGGAGAGAGGUCAUGCCAAGCUCACCCGUAUAACUGGAACAGGGCAAGGAGACCAAGUACGCCAGCAAAGGCAAGCUUUACAGCUGUAGAAUUUUUCUUUCCUUCCGCUCUAACCGCUUUUCUAGACUUUUAACUUACGCCUCUUUUGCAUUUUCACCAGCGCGGUCACUUCCUCUUGUUGCUGAUGUGUGAGGUUCUGCGCUCUGACAACACGGG